CCCAGUUCAUGAGGGAUUUGGUUCUGGUAGAGAGAGGUGGUCGUGCGGGGGCGGGUGUGUCUGCCAUUGUGCGGAAAAGGAUUCAUCUGUUCGUGCGUGGCUGAAAUCCCUGCGAACACUUGGCAGGAGUUUUGCAUUUCGGUUGAGUAAUCGGCGUAAUCGACUGCGAGCACAUCAAGCGGCAUGGGUUCGGAGAAGAAAGUGUUCUCGUUGAAGGAGGUGCAGCAGCACACCGGGGACCCUGAUAUCUGGAUGAUCAUCCACAAUCGUGUGUACGAUGUCACCAAGUUCAUGGACGAGCACCCGGGCGGCGAGGAGGUGCUGCGGGACAUGGCCGGCAAGGAGGCCACCGAGAACUUCGAGGACGUCGGCCACUCCACCGAUGCCCGCGAGAUGAUGAAGGAGUUCGAGAUCGGCGAGCUGGCUGAGGCGGACCAGAAGACCACGAAGCCGAGCACGCUCACCUGGUCCGGCCCGGAGAGCUCCGGUGCCGGCCUGGUGACGUGGCUGCUGCCGCUGGGCGCGGUGCUGCUGGCGGCUCUGCUGUACCGGUACUACGGGGCGUAAGCACCGCCCGCCGACCGCGGCGCCGCCGCACGCAGCGCAGCCCUGCAGCGGGGCAGGCCGCCGGCGGGGAGGAGAGGCGCCGGACGCUGGCGCCGCCGCCGGUCCGGGACGUCGCUGGCUCGCGGCGGGAGAGAGGCGCCCGGGCGAGCACUGCAUUCCUGCGAGCGCUGUGGUGUAGCGCGGUUGCGGGGCAGAAGGCGCUAGUCGAUGUCGUGGCUGCUGGGUGAAUUAAGAAGGUGCAAUCGAAGGACCAGGCCUGAACUGCUCUCGUGGAGCCGGUGCUUUGUAUGACACCACGCACGCACACCCGCACCGUGGCAAAUAUUUUUUCCAGUGUCGGCACUGUGGGAUAUCUGUGACGCGUUCGUGUUUGUACAUGCAUGAGUGUGGAAAACGACAAUAAACAAACUCAAUGUGCGCCGCGCGCUCC